AUGGCAUUUGGCAUGCGCAUAGGAAGGGUGAAAAGCCCCAGCUUUCAGCCGACGGCAUACAAUUGUAAACAUUAGCAAUCCGGGGCCACUUCUUUCUGUCGCCGGGAUGGAGACAUAAGGUCAACCCCAAGGUGUGGGACCCAACAUUGCUCUUCAGUGCAUGGACACGAAGCCAAUGCGCAGGGUCACCAGCGCACGCCAAGACGCCACCGGAAUGGACAUCACCAACCGCUGCACCCUGGGGGACCCCAACAAGCUCCCAGAGGGGGUCCCCCAGCCUGCGCGCAUGCCCUACGUUUCGGACAAACACCCGCGGCAGACCCUGGAGGUGAUCAACCUGCUGAGGAAGCACCGGGAGCUCUGCGACGUGGUGCUGGUGGUGGGCGCCAAGAAGAUCUACGCCCACCGCGUCAUCCUGUCUGCCUGCAGCCCUUACUUCAGGGCGAUGUUCACCGGGGAGCUGGCGGAGAGCCGGCAGACGGAAGUGGUCAUCCGCGAUAUUGACGAGCGAGCCAUGGAGCUGCUCAUCGACUUUGCCUACACCUCGCAGGUGACGGUAGAGGAGGGAAAUGUGCAGACGCUGCUCCCCGCCGCCUGCCUCCUGCAGCUGGCCGAGAUCCAGGAGGCCUGCUGCGAGUUCCUCAAGCGGCAGCUGGAUCCCUCCAACUGUCUGGGCAUCCGGGCCUUCGCGGACACACACUCCUGCCGCGAGUUGCUCCGCAUCGCAGACAAGUUCACCCAGCACAACUUCCAGGAGGUGAUGGAAAGUGAGGAGUUCAUGCUGCUGCCCGCCAACCAGCUGAUCGACAUCAUUUCCAGCGACGAGCUCAAUGUGCGGAGCGAGGAGCAGGUUUUCAACGCUGUGAUGGCCUGGGUGAAGUACAGCAUCCAAGAGCGCCGGCCGCAGUUGCCCCAGGUCCUGCAGCAUGUCCGUCUGCCGCUGCUCAGCCCCAAGUUCCUGGUGGGCACCGUAGGGUCUGACCCACUCAUCAAGAGCGACGAGGAGUGCAGAGACCUGGUUGAUGAGGCUAAGAAUUACCUGCUACUGCCACAGGAGAGGCCGCUGAUGCAGGGCCCCAGAACUCGUCCAAGGAAACCCAUCCGCUGUGGCGAGGUCCUCUUUGCAGUCGGCGGUUGGUGUAGUGGCGAUGCCAUAUCCAGCGUGGAGCGCUACGACCCCCAGACCAACGAGUGGCGGAUGGUGGCGUCGAUGAGUAAGCGGCGGUGCGGAGUCGGCGUCAGCGUUCUAGACGACUUGCUGUACGCGGUGGGGGGUCACGACGGCUCGUCCUACCUCAACUCCGUGGAGCGCUAUGACCCGAAGACCAACCAGUGGAGCAGCGACGUGGCCCCCACCAGCACGUGUCGCACCAGCGUGGGAGUGGCCGUCCUCGGCGGUUAUCUGUAUGCUGUCGGGGGACAAGAUGGGGUUUCCUGUCUCAACAUCGUAGAAAGGUAUGACCCCAAGGAGAACAAAUGGACCCGUGUGGCGUCCAUGAGCACCAGGCGGCUGGGUGUAGCCGUCGCUGUGCUGGGGGGCUUCCUGUACGCUGUCGGGGGUUCUGAUGGGACGUCGCCAUUAAACACAGUGGAACGUUACAACCCUCAAGAGAACCGCUGGCACACGGUGUCCCCGAUGGGAACCAGGAGGAAGCACCUGGGCUGCGCCGUAUACCAGGAUAUGAUCUACUCCGUUGGGGGGAGAGACGACACCACAGAGCUGAGCAGCGCCGAGCGGUACAACCCCAGGACCAACCAGUGGUCUCCCGUGGUGGCCAUGACGUCCAGGCGGAGCGGGGUGGGCUUGGCUGUGGUGAAUGGUCAGCUGAUGGCCGUGGGCGGCUUCGACGGGACGACGUAUCUCAAAACGAUAGAAGUCUACGACCCCGACGCCAACACAUGGAGGUUGUACGGAGGAAUGAACUACCGACGGCUAGGUGGGGGGGUGGGCGUCAUCAAAAUGACUCACUGUGAAUCUCACAUAUGGUAACGCCAGACCCCCUCCAUCCUCCGCCCAACACACACACACACACACACACACACACUCUCUCUCACACUUCUCAUCACGUUGCAAUGGAUGCCUCUUUUCACCGACUCCCGUGCCUCCGAAAGAGACGCUGCAGUUCAUGCAAGAUAGAUGUGGGGGGAGGGAGACGAGACGGAGAGAGGAACAAACUUUGAACUCUGAGCUCAUCCCCGAAACCCCCCCCCACACACACACACACCCCACACCCCAACACUCCGAGUUCAUCGACUUUGGGGUGUGCUUGUUGUCUUCAUCGGUUGGACAGCAUGAAGUGCGCCGAGAGCCAAAGUCUACAAACGGGCUAAGCUUCUCACCAAGUUCUCCCCCUCCGAGCGUCUCGAUCCGGGCCGCUUGAUUCACCCGCUGGAGGAGAGCAGCUCACGCUUCAGAGGUCGACAAUGUUCAAGCUCCAGGUCGCUGCAAAUCGACCCCCGGGGAAGAAUAACGUUUGUGUUUAGUUUUAACAUACCAGACCCACGGUGUCUGUUUCCUGACCAGCCUUCAAUGUUCAAUGCAUUACUGACUGCACUUUUUUUUCUUCUGCUUUCGGCGUGUCAGCUGUGGCUCUUAUUUGUAGCAUUAAACAGUGGACAGUUAGCGGGGAAACAAAACACAGUGAUUUUAUUUCACCAGGCCCGAUGAGUAGCAUGAGAGGAAGUCACUGCUACUCACUUUUUUUUUUGUUUCUUUCUCCCGGUUCUGUUUGUUACAUGAAGGCGUUUAAAGGCUGACGGUGCGUUUUUGAUGUGAUCGUCUCAACCAGCACACCAGAACCCCCCCAGUGGUGAAGCAGGGUUUUUUUCUCGCCCUUCUCUCGAUUGACCUUGGUGAAGAGUUUGAUUGACAGGUGCUUCAUCCAAUCGCCUGCCGAGUAAUUAUUUUGUGAGUGGAGGCUUUGUCAGACGAUUCUGUUUCAACAACCCCGUCUCUUACACAUUUUUUUGUUCCUAUGCAACAAAAUGAUCAGUUACAUUUAAAAAAAGAAAACAUACUGAGGAUUGAAACUAAAACACAUUGGUAACAAAAGUACUUGGUUAGGUUUUAGUCAGACGUCUGUCAAGCUAUUUGGAAAAUAUUUGCAAUACGUCAAAAAGCGAAAGCAAUGCACCACCAAAUAGGAUUCCCUCGAAGCGUAAUUCACAGCACGGUUUCGAUGUUUUGGAACAUCAUUUUUACAGACUAACCCCGUUUUUUUUCUUGCCAAUAAUCCAAAAAUGAGAGCAUGCAUGAGAUUGAAUACACACGUACUGCUUUAAAAAUACUAGAUUAAUUUCCCUAUCUCCGUAACAAGCGAGUUGCACAGCUCAUGUCACAAAAUCCCUGAACACAGGAUCCAGGUCCGCUGUGGACACGGAGGAUUCCAGACCAAACCCAGAAAUGCAACUGUCGGGUGUGUGUGUGUGUGGGGGGGGCGGCGGCUCGGUCUGAUGUGAUGCAAGAAAUAUGUUCAGUGUCAAACGCAGCUGACGCUACUUUUAAUUCAGCAUAAAACCGUUGGACUCAUUUAUUAUUCAAAUAAUAGGACCGCAUUCUCAAACGGAUGUUUCACAAUUUAGCACUUUUGGAGAUUUGUGGGUUUUUUUUGUAUUACGUUCUAUAAUAUCCCUGACAACAAAAAUCCAGGAACGGUUUUCAUUUCAUUAAAAUGCAGAAUUAAACAGUUUUUGCAUUUGGAUGUCUGUUCAACACUAAUAGCAUCAAAGUCUGACCUCUUUCCUGCGACAAAGACUUUUUCUUUUGGCAAAUGCAGUAGUAUAUUUAUCCCAGUUUGUUGUUAAUAUAAUGUACCACAUGGAUUUAUUUCUUAACUGUAUAUGCAUUAAUAAAGUAACAGCUCAUGGGGUUUAGA